GAAUUUUUCAAAUCGAGAAGAGGCGCCGCUCGAAGUGAAGAGUCCUGGGUCCUCGGGAGAUAAACAAUAGCAGCCAUGCAGAAACCAGCGAGAGGUAAAACUCCUCGGAGGCCUUGCCCGAAGAAAACGUCCAACAUCGAGAAAGAUCCUGUCGGAGUGUACUGCCGUAUACGCCCGCUGGGAGCAGAGUUUGAGGAAUGCUGUGUUGAGAUGAUCAGCAGCUCCACCAUUCAGCUGCACGCCCCUGAUGGUCUUAAAGCAAACCGCAAUGGAGAAUACAAAGAGACACAGUAUUCUUUCAAAAAAGUAUUUGGAAUCAAAACCACUCAAAUGGAGCUGUUUGAGGAUAUUGCUAAGCCACUAAUAGAGGACCUCAUUCACUGCAAGAAUGGGCUGCUGUUUACAUAUGGUGUUACGGGAAGCGGUAAGACCUUCACCAUGACUGGCUCACCUGGGGAAGGCGGACUCCUCCCUCGUUGUCUGGACAUGCUCUUCAACAGCAUUGGCCCCUUUCAGGCCAAAAGAUUUGUGAUCAAAACAGAUGAUAAAAAUGGGGUGGAGAUCCAGAAUCAAGUUGAUGCUCUCCUCGAGAGACAAAAGAGAGACAGUCAGCAGUCAGUGCCCAAAACGCCCUCUUCAAGACAGAAGACUGACCCAGAGUUUGCGGACAUGAUCAGCCCAGAGGAGGCGUGUAAAUCUGAGAAUGUGGACGAGGACUGUUGUUACAGUGUUUUUGUGUCCUACAUCGAGAUCUACAACAACUACAUCUACGAUCUUCUGGAAGAUGCUCCCUUUGACCCCAUCAGACCAAAGUGGCUCGGCGGUGGCACGCCUGUACGGAACGCUGAGUUCAUACCUCCUCAGUCCAAAAUUUUGCGUGAAGAUCAGAACCACAACAUGUAUGUCGCCGGGUGUACAGAGGUCGAGGUGAAAUCUACAGAGGAGGCUUUUGAAGUCUUUUGGAAAGGACAAAAGAAGAGAAGGAUAGCCAAUACUCAGCUCAACCGUGAGUCCAGCCGCUCUCACAGUGUGUUCAUAAUGAAGCUGGCCCAGGCGCCGCUUGAUGCAGACGGGGACCACAUUCUGCAGGAUAAAAACCAGGUGAAUGUGAGUCAGCUGUGUCUGGUCGACCUGGCCGGUAGUGAGCGCACCAGCAGAACCAGAGCUGAGGGGAGCCGUCUCCGUGAAGCAGGCAACAUUAAUCAGUCUCUGAUGACACUGCGCACAUGUAUAGAAGUCCUGCGAGAAAAUCAAAUGUGUGGAACAAACAAGAUGGUGCCCUACAGAGACUCCAAAGUGACACAUCUCUUCAAAAACUACUUUGAUGGAGAAGGAAAAGUCAGGAUGAUUGUUUGUGUCAACCCCAAAGCUGAUGAUUAUGAAGAAACUAUGCUGGUGAUGCGCUUUGCGGAGAUGACGCAAGAGGUGGAGGUGGCCCGACCGGUCGAUCGGCCCAUCUGUGGCCUUGCAGCAGGACGCAGACACAGAAAUCAGGCCUUCAGAGACGAGCUAUCACGUCGCCUGGAGGAGCGGGGAGGCCCCAGUACUGCUGAUGAUCCAGCACUGCUGAAUCAGCUCAUUGAUAGCUUCCCAGCGCUGCCGCCUUGUGAGCUGGUGGACCCAGCAGAUGAUCAGACCCUGCCCCGCCUCAUUGAGGUUCUGGAAAGGAGGCAUUGCAUCCGUCAGAAGAUGACUGAGCAGUUGAAUAGAACAUCGAACACACUGAAGUCCAUGCUGCAGCAGUUUGACAGCCAGCUCACUGCCAAGGAGAACUACCUCCAUGAUCAGCGAGGCAAGCUGGGCGAGAAAGAUAAAAUCAUCUCCAACCAGAAGAUGGAGAUAGAAAGAUUAGAGAAGAAAUCCAAAAUGCUGGAAUACAAGAUUGAUAUCCUGCAGAAGACAACCAACAUCUAUGAGGAGGACAAGCGCUCCCUUCAGCAUGAGCUGGAGACCCAGGAGCAAAGGCUGCAGAGGGAGCUGUCCGAGAGGAGGCGCAUGGAGCAGCGCAUGCAGGGCAUGGUCACUGACACCAGACUCAAGUGGGAGAAGGAGUGUGAGAGGCGUGUUAAUGCUAAGCAACUGGAGAUGCAGAACAAGCUGUGGGUGAAGGAUGAAAAAUUGAAGCAGCUCAAGGCCAUCGUGACAGAAAGCAGCAGUGGAUGUCCCACUGAGCGACCAGAGAAACCUGAGAGGCCCUCAAGGGAGCGAGAUCGCACGGCACCACAGAAGAGGUCUGCCUCACCAUCGGCACUACCUGACUUCAGCCAAACUCCUUCCUGCCAAAAUCCAGCCAGUCGUAAUGCAGUUCAAGACCCAUACCCAACCUCUUCCUCCUCCUCCUCCACCUCCUCUUCAACUUAUCCCUCAGUAGCCAACUGCAUCUCUGAAUGGGAGCAGAGGUUCCCUGUAGACACAAGACAGGGCAGUCACCCUGCGACCCCCCAGUACGGGAGCCGGACCCCGGCCCGAUAUCAAAGCAGCAGCAGCGUUGGCCGCAGGAGAGGCCAGCGAUGGGCCCCAGAUACCAACAACCCUGCUACGACUCUUGUCUAUGGUCUAGAUUUAGAGUCAGGCACAAGGACGGCCCCACCAGUUCAUCCACGGCACAGACGCUCACAAUCUGCGGGUGGGGAGAAAUGGGUAGACCACAAACCAUCCUCUAAUUUGGACCUAGACACUGUAAUGCAGCCAAUCAUACCCAAUGCAAUCAAGGUGUCGACCCCCAGUGAGAAAGCUCUGUCGAAAUGCCACAAAUAUGUGCUUAGGCAUCAAGAGCUUGCCUCUGAUGGGGAGAUUGAGACCAAGCUGAUUAAGGGUGAUGUCUUCAAAACAAGAGGCGGGGGACAAGCCGUACAGUUUACUGACAUUGAGACGCUAAAACAAGAGUGUCCUACUGCACCAAGUCGCAAGAGGAGGUCAGGGUCUGGAGGUGGCGCAGCUCAGAUGGACGACAUAGAAAACAGGGCUCCAGUGGUGAGCACAAGUUCAGGCCACGGCUACCAGAAACGCAGAAAGCCUUGAAGUUGAUGAAGAAAGCAGGAAGCGUCUUUCUCCUUGAAAACAUGCUGGAUUACUUUUGUAUAUUGGACCAGUGAAGCAAGCUUCACUUAAAACUAUGCAGAACGUGUUUCUACUGUCCGUUUUUUAGAUGAGUCAUUUAGAGUGUAAAUAUCAUUUAAUUAUUAUCAUAAAGACAUUGCUUAAAACAAUUAAGAAUAUCUCACCUGUACUCUGUCUGAUAGAAUAUGUUUUUUGCUGUAUUUUUUGAAAUACCAGAAAUACUAGUCUGUCUUUUUUUUUCCUCCUUUUUUUUUUCUUUUUUCUUUUAAAGACAUGUUGUUAAUGAGGGCUCAGCUAUGAAACAUUUUACAGCCAUGCCAUUUUUUUUUCAGGACUUUUCACUGCUUUUUACCUUGACCCAAAGACUGUUUAGAAAAUAAAAAAAUGUAAUAUUUUUAUGCACUUGCGUUUUUGGCAUUGAGGUUUGUGGAUUUUGGUUUUGAAGAAUACACGAAUAAGCAUAAUUUGACAUCUGUGAGUUUGGUAUUAGUUUUGUGUGACAUGCUGAUGCUUAAGCACGCUGUGUUUACUGAUCUGGCUCAGUCACGGUGCUGCUGUACACACUACAGAGAGCUGAAGCAGGUAGAGAUGGUCACACCACAGAGCUGGGCUGAUCACACUCAACCAACUCAGCUGAGGCCAGUGGGUUCCUGUAGGACACACUGCAGUGUGAACAACCGCCACUCAGGUCCUACCUGUAAAUAAGUAAUAUGAAGGAGCUUUUACUUUUUUUUUUUUUUUUUUUU